AUGUCCGCCCUCGCCGUCAACGCCACGGGCUGCGCCUCUGCAGCGUUUACCAACACCACCCUUUUCGGAGCUCAAAUCCACUCAGUUGAAGCCAACCUUGUCACCGAUUACAGUUUCAAUGUACCCAAGGGCUGGACGUAUUCACAGCCGGCUCUUGACGUGCAGAAUGCCACCUUUUGUAACGUCACGGUGACUUACAGCCACACAACUCAGGACGACAAUAUCAUUGUGGAAGCUUGGCUGCCAACCCAAGAGAACUACAACGGUCGACUUCAGGCAGUUGGAGGUGGCGGCUGGACGCCGGGUCGCUUCAUUCUCAGCUACGCUGCCAUGACCAACGCGGUCGCCAGUGGCUAUGUUACCGUCACCACCGAUGCUGGGAUCCCCACCGCUCAAAAUCCCACCGACUGGCUGUUGAAGAGCCCCGGAGUUCUCGACACGAAUGCGCUGCAAAACUUUGGCCAAGUCGCCAUGAAAGACGAGGCUGUCAUUGUGAAGCAACUUAUUUCAUCUUACUACGGUCAAGAGCCUCUCUAUUCCUAUUGGAAUGGCUGCUCUCAAGGUGGCCGCAUGGGCAUGAAGGUCGCGCAGCAGUACCCAGAUGUCUACGACGGCAUCAUGGCGGCUGCCCCGGCGCUGAACUGGGCCGAGUUCUACAUCAACUCUAUCUGGCCUAGCUUCUACAUGGAGAACACGCAACAGUUCCCUCGCAACUGCGAGCUCAACGCUCUCACUACUCUCGGAAUUGCUGCUUGUGACGGUUUAGAUGGUGUGAAGGAUGGACUCAUCAGCGACCCUGAAGCUUGCCGGGCCGCCUUCGAUCCCUUCAGCCACGUCGGCGACUCUUUCUUCUGCUCUACAACCAACACCACACUCGCAAUCACCCAAGCCGCCGCCGCCGUUGCCAACGCCUCAUGGACCGGACCCCGCUUCUCGAAUGGAAAGUUCUUGUACGAUGGCUAUGAAAUCGGAAGCGAUCUCUCAGUCAUUGCUCCGACCAGCUGCACUGGAGAGGUGUGCACCAGCGCUGGCCGUGCAAACAUCCUCUUCCCCUGGCAAGCCUUCGUUAUGAAAGACCCGAGCGCAACGCUUCCUAACAUCACUGAUGGAACUUUUGACACCAUCUACCGCGCUGUCAAGUUGACCUUUGCUUCCAGCAUGGAGACCGACGAAGCCGACCUGCGAGACUUCAGAGACGCCGGCGGAAAGCUGAUGACCUACCACGGACUUGCCGAUCAAAGCAUCUCUCCGGGAGGCACACUUCGCUACUACAACAAGGUCGCAGACUUUGUCGGGAACGUCACCUCGUUCUACAAGUACUACCGCGUGCCCGGCCUUGAACACUGCUGGGGAGGUAACGGCGGCCAACCCGAGCAGAUGUUUUCGCAGCUUCGAGCUUGGGUUGAGAAUGGCACUGAACCUCAAUCUUCGCCGGUUGUUGUAACGGCCUCCAACAACACUGCUCAGCAGCAGAUCUUGUGCGCCUACCCUCAGAAGGCCACCAUGGAUACUUCUUGCUCCAGUGCCAACUCCACGCUUUGCUGGUCUUGCUCCGAGUAA